CACAUUAAUUUUCCAGAUUGACCAAAUGAGCUGACAAUGAUCGGAUUGAAAGCGUCGACUCUUUGAGGCAGCAGGGGCAUUGAAAUCAAACCGAAAACCAAAAGCAGCAGUAGCAGCAGCAGCAGCAGCAGUAGCAGCAGCAGGAGGAGGAACACAACCUGAUAUACACGUAUAUAUUGUGAAUUAUUUCGUGAGUCAAAGCUGAAAACCAGAGAGAAGCCCUGAAUACCUUGUUGCAAGGAUAGCAGCUGCAAUAAUGCACAUAUCUGCUGAGGUCAGUUCGACCACCUCAAAUCAAAUACAGCAGCAACAUCAGCAGCAGCAGCAGCAACAGCAGCAACAGCAGCAACAUCAGCAGCAACAGCAACAGCAACAGCAGCAACAUCAACAGUUGCAGCAGCAACAUCAGCAAACAACAAAUACCACAACGAAGCGACGCAAUGCUGAGUCCUCAUCCAACAACAACAACAAUAACAAUACCACUAAUAACAACAAAAAUAAUAACAACAACAGCAACAAUAAUAAUAACAACAACAAUACUACAAAUAAUAAUAAUAAUAAUAAUAAUGUUAAAACAAAAGCAGUGGAUACAAGUCCCUACUUGACGCCGGAGAAUCUCAUCGAAAGAACCGUCGAUGUCCUUCUUGCCGAACAUCCUGGCGAGCUGGUCAAGACGGGAUCACCACAUGUGGUCUGCACAACAUUGCCCACGCAUUGGCGCUCGAAUAAGACCCUUCCGAUCGCCUUCAAGGUCCUGGCAUUGGGCGAGGUCAUGGAUGGGACCAUAGUCACCAUCCGGGCCGGGAAUGAUGAGAAUUUCUGCGGAGAAUUGAGGAACUGUACGGCCGUAAUGAAGAAUCAGGUGGCGAAGUUCAACGAUUUGAGAUUUGUGGGCAGAAGUGGAAGAGGCAAAAGCUUCACCCUGACCAUCGUCAUCUCAACGAAUCCCAUUCAAAUAGCCACCUACACGAAGGCCAUCAAGGUGACUGUGGACGGACCCCGGGAGCCCAGGUCAAAGGUCAGGCACCAGGGCUUCCAUCCAUUCGCCUUCGGGCCGCAGCGCUUUGGACCAGAUCCCCUGAUGGCAGGACUGCCCUUCAAGUUGCCAGGAUUCGCCCAUCACCUGGUGGGGAUGCACAGUCACCUGCAUGCCCCCGAUUGGCGCGCCCACAUGGCCUUGGGUGGCCGGCCGGCAGGAUUUCCCGCAGGACCUUUCUUCGGGCACCAUGCAGCGGCCGCGGCGGCGGCUUUCCCUACGGCCAGCGGCCUCCGUGGACUAAGUGCAGCAGAUAAUCAGCAGCAGCAACAACAGCAGCAGCAACAGCAGCAACUGGCCCACAGCACCACGAGCCCCGAAGGAUCUCCCACCACCACCACAACCACCAGCGGCCACACCCAGCUGAGCGCUUUCGUCCAGCCGCCCAUUGGAUGCUCCUCGCCGGUCCUGGCUCCUCUGACCAGUCUGCAGGACAACGAAAACGACAACAACAACAACACAAACAACAACAGCAACAUCGAUGCAGGAUUCGAGAGCGAUAGCAUUUCGGUGACAGGAUCACCGCGCAAGUCCCUGGGCUCGCCGCUGACCCACGACGAGGAGGAAACGGAUUCGAUAUCCCGCGAAGAGAACACGAAUCAUAACAAUGGGAUGGCCGGGUCCUUGGGUGAGAGCUCGCCAGGAUCGGGAGGAGCCUUCACAGCCCUCAUCCAAAGGAGCAAGAAUCCGACGGACUUGUUUGGCGGCUUUGCCGGGGCAGGGAGCGGCAACCAUUUCCCGCCCGCGCACAGCUUCAACCCCGCCCUGGCCGCCCAGCUCUUCCUGCAGAGCCCCCUGCUCCCCCAGUCCAGCCAGUGGCUGUACAGCCAGCUCUACGGCAGCUACAGUGAUCUCCCCUGGCUGAGGAACGCCGCCGCUGCCGCAGCAGCCUCCAAUCUCAACCCGAACACCACUCCCACGCCCGAGGGGGUGCCGCCCUCGAGUCAGGACCACGACGGGGUGAACCUCAUCAAGCGCUGUGUGACCUUGAUAACCCACAACCCCCCCGACGCCGAGAACGCCAACCCGAACGCCUCGCCCCCCGUCAGCUCCAGCCGGCGGUCGCCGUCGCCCGUGGAAACCAUCGAUCUGGACGACGUUAGCACCACCUCGAGGUCGGCCAGUGGGGCGUCCAGCGGCGAGGCUGGCGGCGGCGCCAGUGGAGGACUAGCAGGCGGCGUGGGUGGAGCAGCGGCAGCAGCAGCAGUGUCCGGAGGAGGACCCAUCCGGAACAGGACUCCCAAGCCAUCGGCGGAUGUUUGGCGACCAUACUAGCGGCUGGCGGCCGCCUUGCUCGGGGCGGGGGCGGGAGUGGGAGUGGGAGUAGGGGCGUGGCCUGACCCAGGGCUUGGGUGUGGGAGUGGGAGUGGCUAUACCACACCCCAAGAACAACAACAACAACAGCAUUAGCAGCAGUAGGUGUUGGGAAUAAAUAGUCGCCAUAUCGCAGCUGGCCAAGAUUGCUUCACAAGUGGGUGUGUAUUUUGUUUUGAUUUUAUUAUUUUUUUAUCACGAUUAACCAAAAUAAAAAUAGCUAGCUUUUAACUAGCUAACUCUGUAAUAACUAACUCGGAAUACUAACUCUAGUUAGUUAUAAUUCAGCCAAUAGUCCUUUGAUUUUGAAGUGUUAUAUCUUUCGGAGCUUGGCGAUUCAAGCACUAUUAUUUCCAAAAUAGUCUAAUAAAAAUGGAUCACUUUUUUUGAAAAUUUUUGUAAGGGGUAACAUCAUGAAAAUUAACGAAAAUUGGAUCAAAAUUUGUGUUGCUAGAUUUUAAUGCCGAAAGAUAGUGAUUGAAGAGCCAAUCACAGAAAGAUAUGACAUUGAUGGAUCGGACAAAUAUUAGCCGAGCUAUGCUUUUUAAAAAAUGGCAUUUUAUCAAAAAUUUUCAAAAUCUUUCAAAAACUGAAAAAUUUAAAAUUUUUGUAAGCCUUUAGGCCAAUAUUUUAGAUAAUUCUUAACCGAUUUUGAAAUGAAAUACCAUAAAUGAAUCGAGAUAAAAAUCCCAUGAAAUCUGCUCAAAAGAAAAUUCAACGUAAAAAGUGUGACCAUUUUUUCUUUCUUUUGAGAUUUGAAAAAAAAUGUGGCUUCACUUCUUUUGGGAUAAUAAGCUUCUCUUUUAAAAACCAACCAAAGAAAAGUUUUAGGUUUAAAUUAAUAAAAGAUGAUAUCCAACGCAAUUCCAUUAAAAACUUUCCCAAAGAAUGAGUUAAAGUUUAAAUAAAGGAAACUUAUGAUCCUUAAAUUUCUUACCGAUUAUUUUAAAUAAAAACGUGCAAUAUUUGUUAAUAAAAUAAUACUUGUUAAAAAUCCAUCAAGAUAGUACCUUUAGAAACUCCCACUCUUAAGGCCAACUUGUGAAGCAAUCUUUGGAAUAUGUAAUUUUUGUGUGUUUGUAUUUUUUUUUUUGUUUUUUUGGUAAACCCUAACGUAAGCGGCUCACAUAUCGAAUUUAAAUCAAUUAGCAAGGCCCUAAGAAUCUUAUAAGUAAAUAGUUCGAGGCAGGGGCCCCUCACACACAUAUAGAAGGAUAUAUGCAAAUCGAAGUAUAGAUAUAUAGACACCAGAUCUGUGGGGCAUCUGGAGGGGCAUACUUGCCCCUCCUAGGAAACCAAAAUAAAAAUCCAACAAGAAUUACAUUUAGAUGUUUAAGAAAUAAGAAAACGAAUAACUUUUUUUUUUGCAACAUAAAAUGGAAUACAACUAAUGACGAAGCAUAUUUUAAAAUUUAUUGAAAAUAAAUUUAAGAAGAAUACACCGAAAGUCAGAUGAUUUGUAUAUAAAGGUACUUUCAAGUAGUGUGAAAACCCUAAAA